CGCUAUACUAAGGUUCACAAGUAGAAGAAAGAGUCACUUCUUUUACAAUCGAAAUUCCGACCACAUUAAUUAUUUCUCGUGAAAGAAACGGAAUAAACAGGAAAGUAAUACGAGGUAGAUGACGAAGGUUCCGGCCUCCGCUUCUGUCGCGGCUCGCACGCAACGAGUGCUGCAUGAUCGAGCGGCAAAAAAGGCAGCUCGAGACUUUCCGCCGCCGCCAAAGCGACAGCGUUCUCCACGUAAAAAGAUUGACUUUUCUUUUCGCAAAAAACUCUCGGAGCGCGCUCAGUGCAUUAUCGAUGACCCGGCAAAUGAACGUAUUUUUGAAUACGUUUGGGUCCAGCUAAGAGAAGGCGUAGAUCGUGCUCCAUCAAUAAGAGACGCAGGAAUGAAGCAGUGUGUUAAUGACGGCAUAGUCACUUCGCAAUCUUUUAGCUUUGCUAGAACGAUAACUCUCAUAGUUGGGGAUGUCAGAGUUGUAAUCCCCCUAUGCAGUUCUGUGUACCAGAUAAGAUAGAUCGUGCUAUCGAGAAUCUUGUUGCUUUCAGAUCUCUACGCCCAGCAACGUCCUACUCCGCGGGACCGGUCGGCUUACAAUCACGAUCGGAAAACUGAAACACAUUUUGCGUUAUUGCUAGGUGCACCAUCACCUACGCUGCUAGAGGAAGAUCUUGUGGAUGAUGCAGGCGACGUCGCGAGUACAAUUGGAAAUAGAGAAGGACGAGGCAAGGGCAAUGAUGAGGUGAACAAGAGGCAUUUAUUUGGAGGAAAGCGAGUAGGAGGGGCGCAUGUAACUGCCACGUCUUCUUCUACAACACGCGGUGGUCGUGCCAAGGAUGCAGACAAGAACGUGGACAGCAUUAAUGCAAGAACCGACCGCAAUUGUGUUGAUCAAGAACGAGGCGAUCGACAAUGUGAUGAAGAAGGAGAAAAACAUCUUGAUGAAGGAGAGGGUACUGCGAAAACGCCGGAAAAAGCGUUUUCGGCUGAAGUAGAUCGCUUGGUAGAUGAAAUCGUGGCCUCACCGUCUCACCAGGCUGCUCGUAGACGACUCCGUGGUGAGAAUGAAGAUGAACUCGAGCGCCUCAUUGCCGAAGAUAGUGAUCCGCCUUCCUCUCCCGAACAGAGUCCUUCGGGAGCAGGAGAGAAUCAGAAGAAUACUGCGGACAAUGUCCUCAAUACGCCGACAACUUCCAGUGCCGGAAGUCCUAAAAAAUCUUUCAUGAGUGGAACUGGUCUCGUGCCACCGUUGGAUCUGGCAGCAAGCAUGGCCGCGGCACGUGCAGACGUUCAGCGCAGUUACGAACAAGCAAGUGCGCGUCGUCGUCGCGCAUUCAUGGCCCAGGAACUGAAUAAAGUGGAGCACGAUGUGGUGCCGCCGAAUGCACCUGGCAGUCCGUUUCGGCGGGCGCGGCCGAUCGCGGGCGUGAACACUGAGCAUCCGGCUUACUGGAGACGCUCCUCGAAAAAGGGAGGAGUCGUCGGGAACAAGACUGCAAAUUCAAAUGCAACUGGAGGAGGAACAGCAGGAACAACUGGAGGUGGGACAACGACUACUGUUAAGGGCAUCUUGGGGGAGCAGGCGCAAUUUGGGACUACCACAGAGAAUGUCGUGACCACCAGUCCGACUCACAAUGCUGUUCAAAAUAAUGCGGACGAAGGAGCAGGCUUCACCGCUCACAAUACUUCGGCCAAAAAUUUCGUAUUUUUAGGCAGUGUCAAUCCCGGCUACCCCCGACCGCGCAAAGUGACAAAAAUGCCGAAGAAGAUGAAGAUUCCGCUAGGGGAUGGCACCUACUUCGGCAAGCGAAAGCGCUUCAAGAUGCCCUUUAAUGUCGAAUACCGCACAUUCGACGAGUACGCUCGCUUUCGAGAGGAUCGCUUUCUCGAUGCGCAAGAGCUCUUUCUCUACGAUCCGGCGGGGGAUCAUGAUGAAGAAAGUUAUAGUGCUGCCACUGGUAGAACAAGGUGUGGCGUGGAGGAUGGCGUGGAAGGUGUUGUUGUGGACGAGAAUACGCCUCCUACUACAGGAGUCCCCAUCUCAGGAGGUGCGCAAGGCAAUGUUGUACACAAAUCUGCAGUAGCAGCAACUGCUAUAACAAGUGCCGCGGCCGCGCCUCCUGCACCAGGAGGAGGGAUGAAGAACAACGUCACAGCUACUUCUACACCGAAGUUUUUAGGGGAACCAAGUGAAAGCAUAGAGCAGCAAGAGAUGCGGAGGAAGCGCUUAUUUGACGUGGCUCAUCCCAAUGCUCGUGAGAGAGCGCCUACUAAAUUUGAGUUGUGGAAAGAACCAACAAUCUUACAACUGCGAGGCUUUAUAGCGCCGCGACGCCCGCACGGUGCCCUCAGCCAAUUCGGCAGGGCUGUGGUAUGGACAUUCCGAAACUUAAGCACCAGAGUAAUUUGUAGUACUUGUCACAAGUAAGUAGGUUGAAACUGCAGUUCAUGCCGCGAUAGCAACCGCAGCUAAAAGUGCACUCAGUUUGUUUGAUGUUGGACACGAAGUCUCUGGAUCAUGAUGCCGCAUCAAUUACGAGUUCUUCUAACGUAAAACGGGGUUCGAGGAGGUGAGACACAAAUACUUACCGAUGCAGGUGGGCGCGAUGAUAUUGGAGUUGUUGUAGACGAUUUACGCUUAUCUUCGAAGGAUGCUAAAGCAUCGCCAACUACUCUGGUGAGUUUGCCGUUUUUAUCCGCUAAGAGUAUGGGUUUCGGCGCCGCGGGUGUGGGUGGAGACACUGUGAACACAACAUCGAAGAAGGCAAACUACAAAACGGCAGAUGUAGAGAGCGCUUUCCGUAAGAAAAUCAAAGGAAAAAACUAUGCGAAUGCUGGAGGAGGUGCAGCAUCAAUUAAUAAGACAAGCGCAACCUCCACGACGGGGUCUGCCAUGCGUGGAGUCGUUCCAGGAUAAGCCAUGCCCAUUCGAGGAGAACGAGAAGUGAUGUAUGAUUUGCGAAAACUCUACUGGGAUUUAGGUAGAAAAGCCUGCCAGGGUAGAUGACACAUAAAAAUUUUUCUGUGAGUGCUAAUUGCGAUGAUGUUCAUGUUUUCUUAUAAAUACAAGGAUGCUUAGUACACAUACAACUAGGCCAGUCUCAAGUGAUUCAAUGUAAAGAGUACCUGUGUAGUACGUAGAAUUCUGAAAGAUAUAGCGCUUACUGCGCUUGCAUAGAUGUGGCAGUCUUCACCAACGAAAUGAGUGUGAAAUUUCUGUCUGAAAUUGAGUGAGCAGUUUGUUUCAAGUGUGCUUUAGUAAAGCGCAUAGGCGUAUGGGAUUAAUUUGUUCUGUACUAGGACUUUGAUUUGACAAUAAACGAAACAGAAACUUCUACUAUCCUAAUCGUUGCCUUUCGUGGUGCUACAAGACAGUGAUGGUUUCAUACAAUAAAUGCCAUUAUUUGAAUCAGCCUAAGCGUUUUGCUCUCUGGUGAUCGAUCCAAACGCUGGCUCCAAAAAAUGUCUACCUCACAACUGAUUCUCCUGGAACAGGUGUCUUCAAGUUUCAUAUAUUAUAAUGAACCACGUGAUUUGCACCACCUCGCGCUAGGCAAAAAUUCACGUGUCGUGAUCUAAACCAUGAAGCAUUCUUUGUAAAGCCUGAGCUAAAAACAGAAACCUAAGCUGAUGAGGAGAAAAGAAAGUUGCAAAAACUACUCCGAUUGUUGG